UGCAAUUAUUUUAUCAGCGUAUAAUUAUAAGGUUCAGUAUAUAAGCAGUGCGAAUAAUCUCGUAGCUGAUUAUUUUUCUCGUGCGCCGUUGCCUAACAUGAACAAUGAUGAGCAUAACGAAGAUUACGAUGACGUGUCUUAUUUAAACUUUUUAGACGACAGUGUGACUCCCGUGACAGCUGAUAAAAUAAGACAAGCUACCGGAAAUGACCCUACACUAAAAAAAGUUUUUAGGUAUAUGAGUCUCGGUUGGCCGCGAAAGAUAAGCUGUGCAUCUAUUGUACCUUAUUUUAGAUGCAAAGCCGACUUACAAAUAGAUCAUGGUAUUCUUUUCCGUGGUCACAGGGUGGUUAUUCCGACAAUAUUUCGAGAUCAGCUGUUACGUGAAUUACACACCGGACAUUUAGGUAUUGUCAAGACGAAAAGCAUCGCGCGCGGUAAGAUGUGGUGGCCUAACAUUGAUGGCGAUAUCGAGCGCUGGAUCGGCUCAUGCGCCGCCUGCGUGGCCGUGCGCGCCGCCCCUCCCCGCGCCGCUCCCGCGCCUUGGCCGCGUCCUCCGUCUGCCUGGUACCGGGUACAUAUCGAUUACAUGUCUAUUCAUCAGAAAGUGUACCUAAUUGUCAUUGACGCAUAUAGCAAAUGGUUAGAGUGUCUUUUGAUGGACAAAGGUACUACUACUCGAGCGCUGAUAUGUAAACUUAAGGAAAUAUUUUCCAGAUUUGGCGUACCGAAUGUCAUUGUAUCCGACAAUGAUAUUAAAAUUAAUUCGGCCGAAUUCAAUUCUUUUUGUGCAAUGAAUGGCAUUCGUUACGUCACUUCUCCAGUUUAUCACGCGGCCAGCAAUGGUCAGGCCGAAAAUUCUGUGAAAACAUGUAAAAAGAUGAUUAAAUGUAUAGAUAAAACAGAUAAGUCAAAAGUUGAGGAUAAACUAAUGGGCUUAUUAUUCGAGUACCGUAAUACUCCCCAUUGUUCUACGGGCCAAACUCCAGCGAGUUUGAUGAUGGGCCGUAAUUUAAGAUCACGGCUAGAUCUUGUGAUACCAGAUGUUAAUAAAACUAAAGACAAUAUUGACAAAUGUGUUAUAGACAAUUGUAGAAAAUUCAAUAUCGGGGAUCAAGUAUGGGUUAAAUGGUUUACUGAAAAAAAAGAGAUCUGGGUUUUAGGCACUAUUCAAAAUAAAAUUGGUAACCGAAUGUUUUUGAUUUAUGUGCAUACUAAAAAUACUGUAUGUAGACGCCACGUAGAUCAAAUGCUUAUGUAUACAGGUGGUGAAUUUGACGUUAUUAAUGAAACCGAGGAUGCCGGGGCUGACGAGGACUCGUGGUCGCCACCGCUCGAGCCGCCGCCAGCUCCGGCUGGUUCCGCGCCCCCGGCGGCGUGCGUGAACCCUCCGCCAUCCUCCCUCCGGGCUGACAGUCCCCUACAGGCGGAUGUUCAGCCGCGUGACGUAGUGAGCGAUGAGUACGAUACCGGGCUUUCCGGGGAGGAGGAGGAAGUAGAGGAGCGUGAGGGGUCGCGCGCGCCGGCCCUCCCCGCGCCGCUCCCGCGCCUUGGCCGCGUCCUCCGUCUGCCUGGUACCGGGUCUUACAAUUAACGGUGGAGAAAUGUGGUGUAUUUGCAUGUGUGCGUCCGCGCGCACACAGGCGCGGCUACUUGUAAUGUACAAAC